AUGUCGUUUUUUGGAUUUGAUCCUAGGCAGCGUCCGGCGGACUUUAAGGCCGAUGAUGGAGUGUAUGAUUUUGAAAAUACUUAUGAUGGUUUAGAAGAGGAAGAGGAUGCGUUUAAUGCUGAGACAUUUGGAACUAGCACUAGUGAAAUUAGGAAGGACUUUGAGUUUGGCACUGAUCCAGGAGCAGGAGCACCAGGAGCAGCAGCAGCAGCAGCAGCACCAACAGCAGCAGGAGCAGCAGGAGCAGCACCAGUUGACCAUAGUGGUGCCGUGAGCUAUGCACAGGCAGCACAAAGUGCACCAGCCAAUGACGAGGAAUUCAUGCAGGAGUUAUGGGGCGCUUCCAAUGCACCAAGUAAGGGAGCCAAAAAUGAUAAAGAACGAGUUCCCGAAAAGAAGAUCCUUUCCUUGGAGGAAAUCGAGGCCCAGUUGACUGCUGUUGAUCAAUCAUUUCCACAGCAUCCCGGUCAGUUUCAAUCCCAGGGCUAUGCUAUUCCUGGAAUGAUGCCACCACCACCACCACCACCACCAAUUCCACCCCAGUUCAAUGGGUAUAUGAUGGGUGGCUAUAUGCCCAAUCAACCUGGAUUUCCAAGUGUAGUAUCUUCUCAACAAAUGGCUUAUAUGCAAGCUCCCAUCUCACAAGCUCAUCACUUCUCUCACCCACAGCAACAGCAACCUCAACAACAACAACAACCUCAACAGCAACCUCAGCAAUUGCAGCAACAACCGCUCCCCCAACAACCGCAACCGCAGCAACAAUCUUUGCCAGAGCAAGAGAAUCAGCAAUACCCUCGCGGUGAGGAACUUCGAGAAGAGAAGAAAGUUUCUCAGUCACAAGCUCCAGUAAAGACACAAAAAGUUGAUUUAUCAUUAUUUCCUGUGCUUGGUUCCAAAGAGGCUAUGCAACAACAGCUGCAUCAUCAUAACAAUGAUCAUCAUCAUCAUCAUCAACAACAACAACAACACGAUGCUUUGCAACAGCAGCAGCAGCAGCAGCAGCAUCAUCAUCAUCAGAAUCAUCAUCGUCAACAAGUACAUGGCCAAUUACAUCAACGUCUGCAAGAGCUCCAACCUCAGCAACAAGAGAAGGCGGCAAAGAGACAGGAGAAAGUACUGAGAAUUAUGAGGUAUUCUGGUAUUAUGAACCCCAAGGAUAAAGAUUUUGUUACGAGAUUUCAAUUGUCUCAAAUUGUCACUGAGGAUCCUUAUAAUGAAGACUUUUAUGCUCAAGUUUACAAAGUAAUUCACCCCAAGUCAGUAAAUGGAAUUCAGCAACAUGUUCCACCAGAACAACAGAACAACUCAAUUGCUCAGGCUUAUUUGGAUCACAGUGGACACAGAUUAGGUGGCCGUUAUAAAAGGGCUGACGUUGCAUUACAAAGAAUGCAGCAACAAGUUCAAAAAGCUGUUACCGUUGCUAAAGAAAGACCAAAGCCUAAGCAAUAUGCUAAAGAGGGUGCUUUGGGCAAGAUUUCUUUUGCUAGCGGUAAAAAGCCAAGACAACAAUUGGAGAUUAUCAGCAAAGCUGCUGAAAGGGAAAAGAAGGAGAACAAGACCGAGAGAAAAGAAGAUACCAAAAAAUACUCUAGGAAUGAUAUUUUAGAGAUUUUGGAAAAUAUUAUCACUGAGUUGAUGAAUGUUGAAAGUGAGUCAAGAACACAAUCAAACAUUGAUACUACAAAGCUUUGGGAAUCCAUGAAGGUUUUGGAACAAACGUCAUCUUCUGGAGACGAAGAGAGCGAGGUUAACCCGUUUAUUCAAUGCUUAAAUUACAACAAGAUGUUGAGGAUUUUACCACGUCUUUUUAAAUUUUUAAACAGAGAGCAAAUUUUAACUAUUGCUGCCCUAGUUAUAUCGAAUUUGGAAAAUUUAUCUGUCAUAAAGAAUGGAUCCUAUACUACCUAUGCAGAUAAAAAGCUACCCAAACUGGUUCUCAUGCUUGUUGAAGCGUAUUCAUUGACAUUCUCAAAAGUCUUGAUGAAUGCAAUAUUAGAUUUUAAACUCAAUGAAAUUAUUGGUUUGUUGGUGAUCUUGAUUGAGCACAAUAAUGUUCCAUUUGUUUCCACUACAAAGAUUGGAUUAACUAUUUUGACUACCUUGUUAUCGCGUGCCGAGUUGAUUAUUGGAGAAGGGCAUAUAUCAGCGAUGGACUUAUCAGAAUGGUCAUCAUGUUACGAUGAGCUUUUCACCGCCUUGGAGUCUAGAAUAGCUGCAAUAUUCCCACCCAAUCCAGUCGAGGUUGAUGAUGGUUCGUCAAGAGAAAACUACAUUUGGCAGUUCCUUGCAACUUUGUCGUUAGGAGGUAAAUUGAGCCACCAACGAAUUAUCGUUGAUGAAUUGAGAGAUGAAAUAUUUGGUGUUAUGAAUAGGGCAAAAGCAAUCAACAGUCAAGAUUUGGCCAACUCAUACAAGAAACAAAACUUGUUGAAUAAUUUGAACAUGUUUCUUGUUGUUAUGGGUCUUGUAGCUGAUGAAAACGAAAUCAAAGAGAUCUAA